AUGACCGGUGUAAAUUGCAGCGAGUUGAGAACUCUAGUAGACGAGUGCUCGAGACACGUUGAAAAUUUGAAAUUUCUUGAGAAGGAGUUUACUGGAGUCUCGGAGCAGUUCGUGGUACGUCUACUUGCUGAUGCACUCGACAAGGAAACGCGACGACAUUGGGAAUGCACAGUUAAGCAAGGUGAGCUUCCUACAUAUGAUGCUACAAUUAAAUUUUUGAAGGAGCAGGCAUUCAUCAUGGAGCGAUGUGAAGGUUCCAUCGUUAAAGACAAGCAGGAACCUAUAAAGAAAUCUUCAGGAAGGCAUUCAGUGCACCAGUCGAUGGUCACCACGACAUCAAGCGACCCGGUAUCGUCGGCGAUAUCCAAGUGUGAGUUUUGCGGAGAUUGUCAGCAUAAGAAUUUCAAGUGUCCCCAGUUUCUGGCAAUUACCGUUGCACAGCGCCUACUGAUGGUACGCGAAAGGAAUGUCUGCUUUAAUUGUCUAAGGAAGGGACACCGAAGUGCCAACUGUCCGUCUACAGGUACAUGUGCAAAAUGUAAGAAAAGGCAUCAUAGUCUGCUUCACGCAGAGACCCAACAGUCUGAGGAUGUAGAAGUUCACCCAACGAAGCAGGAUGAUAAACCGAAUAAGCAACCACCAACGUUAUCAACAGAAGGGUCUGAUGACUUACCGCGGGCAAGCACGAGUCAAGUAACAACUGUAACAUGCGCUACUGGUCGAGGACAGUUACCUCCACACGUGCUGUUGAUGACAGCGGUCGUAGACGUCUUGGACAAAAACGGCAACCCACAACCCUGUCGUAUUUUAUUAGACUCGGCCUCCCAAGUGAAUAUCAUAACACAACGGAUGGUACAUCUUCUUGGAGUAGACGAAUUUCCGGCAAACCUUUCAAUCGCCGGUGUCGAUGGUAUGCAGUCUCGAUCUAACCGAGGGGUUACUGUCCAGCUACGAUCCAGGUAUAUGCACUUCCUUCUCAACAUACAGUGUUUUGUUACGCAGAAGGUAACAGCAGAUCUUCCAACGAGCAAGGCAAACGUCACCACAUAG